GGCGUUGUUGCUGACUGUUGGUCGGAACGAGUUCGAUAGAUACGCUCAUAACAUGAUGCACGACGAGCAACAAUCGUACAUGAAGAAGUUGCAGAAGCCGUUCGAUGCUGCGGCCAGUGGUGUCUCUACGUGCCCCACCGGCUCAAACCGCUCGGCCGAACCUGUGGCCGAAGCUGAGGUUGAGUCCUCGUCGCUGUCGCUCAGCUCUUCAUGCCUCUCGUUCGCCUCACGAAGGCUGCGACGAAGACGUCUUCGCAAUUUGCACGCACGGGUGCCGCUGGUCUCGGUCACGUCGCUCUUCAACCGUUUGCAGACUUCGGGUGUUGUGCUCGUAGACUGUCGUAAAGGUGCCGAUUACUCGGCCGGUCACCUCCCAGGCGCGCUGCAUUGCCCGCCGCUAUACACGGGAUCGCAUCUGUCGGCGUUGAGCUGUGCUGGGCAAGUGGCCAAGACGGUGGACGACGUAUUGGAGCACUCGGAGAACGCUAAGCUACGAGGGAAGCUCGAAAGGAGAGACCUCAUGGAGGUCGUAGUUAUCGGCGGUAACCACACGGGCGCGUCGUUCCUCUACAAGAUGGACUGGGGCUACCGUUUCGCCAAGAUGCUGGUGGAAGAGGGUCGUGUCUUCUCCGUUCGGUUCCUGGCUCAAGGCUUCCCAACUUUCGCCAAGAAAUACAACUUCAUGUUGGUUCCAAGUUCGGCGAUGCAGUUCCCUAAUGAAAUCGUGGAUGGAUUUCUCUAUCUUGGCAACUUUUGGCAAGCCAAUUCCGCUGAGGUCAUUGACGCCUUACAAAUCACUCAUGUGGUUAAUAUGGGUGCAAUCACUGACCACCGUAAUACGUUCGAGCACGUGGAAUACCUCGAUGUUGCCAUCAAGGACAACGUGGACGUCGAUAUCGCGCAAGAGUUCGGUCCAACUAUUGAGUUUAUCCAGAAGGCAGCGGCACAGAACGGACGCGUGCUUAUCCACUGCGUGCAAGGCGUCUCACGCUCGUCCACGAUCUGUAUCUGGUACGUCAUGCUCGACACCAAGUGCACUCUGUCGGCUGCCUAUAGCCACGUGCUCAAGUGUCGCCCCCUGAUUUUUCCUAAUCGAGGAUUUAUGGCGCAAUUAAUUGCCAAUGAGCGAGAACUUUACGGAGACCAGAGCGUCAUGGAGGACGAACUGGAAUUACUGCAAAACGGUCUACUACCGCCCAUCGAUCGCAGCGGCUCUGUGCUGUGCGAGACCUUCCUUCCCUAG